GAACAUUGGAACAUCUGCACACUGGCCAGAAGCCCUAUGGCUGCUCCAUCUGCGGCAAGAGCUUUACCCAGUCGUCGGGGCUGCAGGCGCACCAGCCGGUGCACAGCAGUGAGCGGCCCUUCAACUGCUCCGAUUGCGGCAAAGGCUUCAAGUCGUCCAAGGACCUGAAGGAGCACAGACGCCUGCCCACGGGGGAGCGGCCCUACACCUGCGCCGAUGCGUGCGGCAAGCGCUUCACCCACUCCACCAGGCUGCUGUCCCAGCAGCGGGUGCACGCCAGCGACAAUCCCUUCCCCAGCCCGGUGUGUGGAGAGCGCUUUGCCAAGGCCUCCCACGCCCCGUCUCACCAGCAUGUGCACACCAGUGGCCCGCCCUACGACUGUCCGUACUGCGAUCUUGCCUCUCCCGUCUGA